AUGGAGAAAAUAGUGAAAGGUGCUACAAAGAUAAAAUUGGCAGCGCCCAAGUCCAAAUAUGUCGAACCCAUCCUGUCUGCCACGAAUGGGGGAGAAUCAGGGGUCGCCGAGGUCUUCCGAACUCUGCAGCUUCGAUUAAGGGAUUCCACAUGGACCAUUGUGUUCAAGUCGUUGAUUGUGGUCCAUCUUAUGAUCAGGGAGGGCCAGCCUGAAGUCACGCUGAGAUACAUUGCUGAAUCGCCCAAGAGGUUGGCUAUAAGCAGCUUUACUGAAGUUCAAACUCAAGGUCUUAACAUUCGAAGAUAUUCGGAGUACCUGCUGGAACGUGUGCGAGCCUAUCGCGACACCAAAACAGACUUUGUGAAGUCAGGGGCGGGCCACAUGCGGAGACUUACUGUCGACAAGGGCUUACUGAGGCAGACCGAAAUAGUACAGGAUCAGAUACAGGCGCUGGUACGAUGUGACCUACUGGGAAAUCAUGACCCUGACAAUGAGAUCACAUUGACCGCUUUCCGUCUCUUGACCAUGGAUUUGCUCGAGCUGUUCAAAGUGAUGAAUGAGGGCACUAUCAAUGUCCUGGAACAUUACUUUGAAAUGUCUCGUCCAGACGCGGAACGCGCAUUGCAAAUCUACAAGACUUUCGGUCGGCAGACCGAAAUGGUGGUGCGAUAUUUGAGUUUCGCCCGGCAGUAUGAAAUGUCAACUCGCCUGGAGGUUCCGAAGUUGAAACAUGCGCCGACAACUUUGACCGCUGCUUUGGAGGAAUACCUCAACGACCCAGAUUUCGAGCUCAACCGACGUCAAUAUCUCGCUCAACAAGAGGCCAAGAAAGCUGGCAAGCCCGUGUCUUCAGCACCGGCAUCGACUCCCUUUGACAAGCCCAAGGCAGCCGCGACAACAUCGACAACAGCGAAGCCGGCACCGGCGCAGUCUCCUCCCAAAGGACCUGCUCCUGAUCUUAUUGACUUCUUCGAAUCCAUUGAACAGAACCAGCAGCCCAUGGUCCAAUUUAAUACCAACUCACAACAGCCAUUUAAACCUGGAAUGCCACCGGCUCAACCAUAUCAACAGAUGCAGAUGCCCCAGCAGACUGGGUACAAUCCCUUCCUUCAGCAACAACCCCCCACGUUCCAAAACCAAAGUGUGCCACAGCCACAGCCUUUGCAAACAGACUUCACUGGUGCUGGUUUUGGUGGAUACGGACCCCAACCUCCUCCACAACAACCACCACCACCACAGUCGCAAGGGUUUCAAUUCCCCACGACACUCUCCCCCAUUCCCCAGAAUGGUGUGGCCGACUUCCACUCGCAAGCGUUGGCACCAGCACAGCCAACGGCGAUACAAUCACAUCCCACAUCCACCAAUCCCUUCCGCCAGUCCAUGAUGCCAACAGGAGCAUCACAAUUCUCUCCAGUCAGUGCAGGUCCUACGCGACAGUCUACUAACCCAUUCGCGAAGCACAACACUGGAGCUGUGGUGAACAAUGGACCACCUCAUUCAGCCUCAGGCUUCGACCCUACCCCCUUUUCGCCUAGUCAACUUUCUCCACAGCAAACCUUCCCAUCAAAUUCCCCAUUUCAGUCCACACCUCCUCCUCUGCAGCCGCAAAGGACUGGAACUAAUCCAUUUGCCAAAAAUCGACCGGCAACUGCUACAGGUUCGGUGACGACAAAUGUGACAGGUAGUACCAAUCCCUUCCGCCAGAGUGCUUUUGUGAACCAAGAAACAGGACAAGGCUGGCAGCACGGGAAUCAAGGGACAUUUUCCGGAUUUGACGUUAAUAAUGUGGACACAAUGCCGGUGUUUCCCAGACCUGGUCACAGCUGA